GAAAUAUUACAAAAAGCGGAUCAUGCAGUGCUUAGUGCAUCAUGGGCCAUUGAUAAAUAUUUUUGAAUGAAGGAUGCAAUUGAGAGCCAAAUACUAAAGACCCUUUCUGCCUCUGCUGCUGCCUUGGCACCUAUGAAAAAACUUGUGGCAAAGGGGGGAAAAAAGAAGCAUGUUCUGAAGUUCACCCUUAACUGCACCCACACUGCAGAAGAUAGAAUCAUGGGCACUGCCAAUUUUGAGCAGCUUCUCCAAGAGAGAAUUGAACGGAAAAGCUGGGAAUCUUCAUGGAGCAUUGUGACUGUCAAAAAGAGCAAGACCAAGAUCAUUGUAGCAUCUGAGGUGAGUUUUUCCAAAAGGUAUUUGAAAUAUUUCACCAAAAAAAAAAAAUUGAAGAAUAGUCUACAUGACUGGUUGCAUGUAGUCACAAACAGCAUAGUUAUGAAUCGUUACUUCCAAAUUAACCAGGAUGAAAAAGAGGAGGGAGAUGAGGAUUAAAACUCUUUUAUCUGAAAUAUUUUCGAUGAGGUUUUUGAAUAAAACUUGGGAAUCAAAAAUAAAAUAAAAAAGACUGAGGACAGCUUAGAAAGUUAGGAUAAAGACUAGGAAAGCAUUAUCCCAAAAUUAGAGGGAGAGAGAAUUUAAGAAAGAAAAUAUUUUGCAGAGAGGUACCCAGAUCCAUGCCAGUGUUGAUUGACAAAUGACUAUGGGAUUUCUCUGCCUUUCUCCUUUUUGAGUACUCCAGUGGAUCUCUUUUCACAUCAGAUCUAAGCUAUUUUAUCUGUUUGAUUUUAAAACUCUGCUUGUCCCUAAAACCUCAUUUCUUCAACAAGGAAUUUUUUGUUUCAACCUAGAAAUUCUCCUUCCUGUCACUACCAAUACUUGUCUCCUCUAUAACCAUGUCUGCUGUUCUCUUCCCUUCCUUGGAAAACAAACUUCCAGAAUAAUAUAUUGAAUCAUUGGCAUGCAUUGUGGUUUGGAUCUUAAAUGUCCCCAAAGGCCCAUAUCUGAAAGGUGUGGUCACCAGCUUGUGGUGCUAGUGGGAGAUAAUGGAAUCUUUACAAGACCGGACCUAGUUGGAGGAAGUCUGGUCAUUAAGGAUGUGCCCUAGAAAGGGACACUAGAACCCUGGCCCCUUUCCCCCUCUGCUUCCUGGCCUCCAUGAGGUGAACAGGUUUCCUCUGCCAUGAUUUACUGCCUUGCCACAGGCCCUAAAGUAACAGGUCUACUAUGGACUGAAAGUGUGAACCAAAAUAAACCUUAUAAGUUGAUUGUCUCAGGUAUCUUGACAUAGUAAUAGAAAACUAACACAACAUGCAUUAAAUGAUAAGUGAUUUGCUUUUGUAUAGCACUUUAUACUACUUGAUCCUCAUAAUAGCCUGUUCAUCAUGUUAACCAGAGGAAACAGCCUGCCUACAGUUGUACAGGAAAAAAAACUAGGAAUUUUUAAUUAUACUGAGCUGGAGGUAAAAGGAUAAUGUCUAGAUUGAAAACAUUACCCAGGGAGAAUACAUCUUAGAAGAGGAAGAAUUUCAUUGGUGCUGGAAAAGGAGAGCAGAGUCCCAGUGGAGAAAGCAGGACCAAAAACUCAAAAUUCAGCAGCUUCAUUGAUGGUCCACCUGAUUGUCUUUGCUUCUACCCAAGAGAAGAUAAAAAUUUUACACUAACGUCUCAAGGUGAGAUAUUAUUAAAAAACAGUUAUGAGAAAGUAAUAUAGAUGAAGACAAAGUCAAUAAAUUACAUUAGUAAGGAAAGUGAAUAAAAUACGUAUCCUGGCAUUAUACACCUCAGUAGAAGGUACAGGCCAUCACUUACAAAGAAUUCUUUACCAAAAAUGUCUAACCUGGAUGCAACUGAUCCUUUAGACUUAACUUCCACUUUAUAGGAAAUUCAGGAGCAAGGGCAACAAGUUGUAUGAAACCACAAGGAAAUAAGACAAAUCCAAAAUGUGAAAUAGUCCACAAGACUUCACGUGUCUUUUCAAAAGUUGGAUGUGUGUGUGCACAUACACAUGCACAGGAACUCAUACAUGAUAAGCACAUUAAAGUUGUCAACAACAACCAAAAAGACAGGAGAGGGGAGGAACAAUCUUCUAAAUAAGUCCUAAGAAACAAACACAAUUCAUGAUCCUGAUUCUAAAAAAAACUCUACUAUUAAAAACAAUUUGGGGGAUACUUGAAAAUUUUUAAUAUAACUGGAAUUAGGUAGUAUUAAGGAAAUAUUCUUUGGUGGGAUACAGUAUUAUGGUUUUAUUUUUAGGAAAUACGUGCUAAGGUUUUUAAAGGGGAAGCAUGAUUGUUAGUGCUUGCUUUAAAAGAUUCAGCUUAAAAAAGUGGGAGCAAGAGAAAGAGAGAUGAAGCAAGUACAAUAACACUAACAUUUGCUAAAUCGAGGUAACAGUGUGCAUAUGGAUGUUUAUCGUACUACUCUUUAUUUUCCUGUUUUUUAAAUUGUUCAUAAUAAAAUGUUUUAAAAUAGAUACUUUUUCUUGGGUCUGUUCAGAAGUUAUAUAAAUUGUAUUUGUAUAGUUAAUGAUUUCUUAUUCUGCAUAUUUCUAGAGUUUAUUUUCUUUUUAUAACAUAUUCUGGAGUUACACUUGUGUUCCAGAUAUCAAAACGCUACAGAGCCAUUAUUCUGUUAAGCUUUACAAUCCGAAUAGCUUAUGAAAUAAGAAGGUAAAAUUCGAUCCUUCUAAAUGAGAAUAAAGAGGAGUA